UAGGAGUAAUAAUAAAAAGUGGAAACGAGAUUAUGAGGCCUUGGUGCAAUGAGCAGAUUACUGACAAACGUUGCUUGCAUCUUAAUCUUGUGUUGUUCCCAUCCAUCCAAUGCCCUAUCUCCAUAAGACACUAUUAAUUACACAUUAAGUAGCAGUUUGACUAAGAAAAGGAAUAUUAAUGUCUCUCUCUGUCCAUGCCUGUCAAUAACAUUAAUUAGUUAACAAUAUGCAUGUAGCACACCAUUCAAUAUCAUUAAACAUUUCAGUUUCACAAUUAGUUUCAUUGGACAUUAUAUCACCCACUAGUACUAGUACUACCCCCUCAAACAAACCUCAUCGUUUUCCUUCUGCUCUUUUCUUCCCUUUCUUUUUACUCUCUUCUUCCUAUUUCUAUUUUAUUAUGUAAAACAAAAACUUUUUUUUUCUUUCUUUUUCCCGCUACUUAAAUUGUAUGAAAUCAUAAAUCAUUCUUAGUUUCUCUGUCACUCUGUCUCUAAAGUUGCAUCCUAUGCUCUUUUUCUUUUGGUGAAUUAUUGGUGACUGUUUUGUUGCAGAUUCACUUUAUCAGAGUUAGCAUACCUUGUGCAUGUUUUGCCUUUUCUGCUGUAGUCUUCUUUUAGAUUGCAUUAUUUUCUUUAUUGUUUUCCGUGACUACCAUUGCGCACACCACUCUCCAGGACACGAUGGAAAAAGGAGAGAGCAAGAAAAUGUCUGCACGUAAUACUUCGAAAAAUGGGCGUCGAGAAAGGAAGAUGGCUUUGAUACAAGAUGUUGAUAAGUUAAAGAGGAAGCUAAGACAUGAAGAGAAUGUUCAUAGAGUGUUAGAAAGAGCACUUGCAAGACCUUUAGGAGCACUUCCUCGGCUUCCGCCUUAUCUUCCUCCUCACACAUUAGAGCUUGUGGCUGAAGUUGCGGUAUUGGAGGAAGAGGUGGUUCGAUUAGAAGAGAAGGUUGUGAAUUUCAGACAAGGUCUAUAUCAGGAAGCUGUCUACAUUUCCUCCAAGAGGAAUGCAGAAAAUCCGAUCGAUCUAAUUGAGCAGAAUUCAAUCAGAGGAUCCAAUCAUCAAAGAUCAAAAUCUCUGUCUCAAAGUGAGCUUAAUUCUACCACCAUUAAGCCUCAGAUUUCUCCUGCCAAAAGUGCUUCUAGUAGAAAGCUAGUCAAUGGGAAGCAAUUACAUUCAAAACAAAAUUCCUUAUCAUCGAUGCCAAAAGAGAAUUCUCUUGAAAAGAAAACGGCAAAAGUCAUCACUCCAGUGAAGAAAUCACCAACCAAACAAGAAUCACCCAACAAGAGUGUAGAUCACUUGAAGUUGCAGCUGGAGAAGAGAUUAGUAGACCAGGAAAGAGCACAAAAUUCCUCAAUUUCAUCAAAUGAUAAAGUGAUAGAAGUUGAUAGCUCACCAAAUAGAGUUUCAGAGGAUAUUGUCAAGUGUUUAUGCAACAUAUUUAUGAGAAUUGGCACAUUCAAGGACAAUCUAGGAGAGUCAAAAACAAAAACACCUCCGCGUGAUCCAUACGGUAUCUGUUCAGUAUCCAAAACUAGAGAUAUUGGUGCCUACGAUAGCUUUUAUGAGAUUAAAGCACCCACCGUUGAUUUCAACCGAAUUAGAAAUGCAGAGUUUCUGACCAAUAGAUUAAAGUUCCUAUUUGGGAAACUUGCUUCUGUGAACUUGAAGGGUCUUACUCAUCAAGAGAAACUUGCAUUUUGGAUAAACACUUAUAAUUCAUGUAUGAUGAAUGCAUAUUUUGAGUAUGGCAUACCUGAGAGUCCUGAAAUGGUUGUUGCACUGAUGCAGAAGGCAACAGUAGUAGUGGGGGGCCACUUGCUCAAGGCAAUUACAAUAGAGCAUUUCAUAUUGAGACUUCCUUAUCAUCUGAGUUUUACCUGUCUAAAAGCUGCGAAAAAUGAUGAGAUGAAAGCAAGAAGCAUAUUUGGCUUGGAAUGGACUGAGCCUUUGGUUUCAUUUGCACUAUCCUGUGGAAGCUGGUCUUCACCUGUGGUUAGGGUGUACACAGCAUCACAAGUUGAUAAUGAGUUAGAAGCAGCAAAGAGAGAUUAUUUACAAGCAGCAGUUGGCAUUACAACAACAAACAAGUUAAUAAUUCCAAAGAUACUUGACUGGUUUUUGCUUGACUUUGCAAAGGACUUGGAAUCUUUGUUGGAUUGGGUCUGCCUUCAGCUACCUAUUGAACUAAGAAAGGAAGCCGUAGAAUGCCUUGAAAGAAAAGGAAGACAACCUCUUUCACAGCUGGUCCAAAUGAUGCCUUAUGACUUCAGUUUCAGGUUGCUUGUACACCAAUGACCUGUUUUUUUCCUUCUGGACAACCACAAAUAACCUAGUGAGAGGUGUUGUUAAUGAUUCAAUUCUUCAAUCAAAAUGGAUUUCUGAACUUUGAUGUGGUGGAUUUUGUAUAUUGGAUAGUGCACAUAGAAAGUAGAUAGCAAGCAGUGUUUCCUUUUCUUUGAUAGGGUUUUGACCUUUGUAAACUGUAAUAAGAUUCUUCGCCGGAAGCAUAGCUUUUACGGGGAAAUAAUUCCAUGAUCCCAUCAAAUAAAGAGAUACUUUGAAAAAUAA